ACGCACGCACACGCACACGCACGUACACGCGCACACGCACGCACACACUCGCAUACCGCCGUCGACGAGUUCCGCGCACCGGCGACUAGCCCCCGCGUCCCGCUACGCGCCCCCACCAACGCCGGGGACGCUCCGCCCUCGUUCGUACGCCACCGCUAUUGUACCCGAACCCGACCGUCGCCGACUAGUGGACGACGACGUCGACGAGAGGGCCUUCGGGGGCAACCGCUUCGCGACCGAAGCCAGUUCUCGCUGUACCGUCGUCUGCUGUUGUUCGGCGUCACCCGUGUUUCGCGUGUCGUCGUCGCCGCCGUCGCCGCCUCCGCCAUCGUAGUGAUUCCACACGAACCUACUUUUUAUCUCGUUUUUCGGCACCGGCUGUCGUCUUCAUUGUUUUUAAUAUUCAUUUUUUUUUUUUUUUGAUUUCAUUCCGUUUUGGUUUUGUUCCCGACCACAUCGUUGCACGUUAUUUUAUUAUGAUUUCAUCGUCGACACGGUGGACGUGUCGCCGUCCUACUUUGUACGCUCCGUAUCGGCGCGGCUGAUGUUGUAGCGCCCGAGCACCGUCGUCGCAUUAUUUGAUUUUUAACGCGCGCGUCCGCGUCACGGUCCCAUAUUUUCCGGUCAUCGCCACCGUACGUUCUGUUUUCACAUUUGUGGCCAUUAAUACCGCCGUGGCAACCUCGAGAUGCCGAAGACUUACAAGGUGCGAAACAUGCUCAUUGAGCUGCAAGGCAACUUGACCCAGUGCGAGAAACUAAACGUCGACUCUACUUCCGAGAAGGAAGUACUGAAAGUCCCGCUGAACAUAAACAGCGAUACUUCUUGCUCGCACGAUAAAAACGUCUCGUACAAAGAUCCGUUGACGGAUAAGGAUGGCGAUCGAAUACAAGGACGAGCGUCACGACAUAAAUUUCCUACCCUACAUCAAGUCGGCGCCGUAGAGCUUGUCGAGAAAUCCACGCCGAUUCUAUUGUGUCCCCCGUCACCCGACUGGAACCCAUCACCCGACUGGAACCCGCCACCGAAAAAGCGUUACAGAUCGACUUUGGACGGUGAUCUAUUGCCGUACGGCAGUAAAGUCAGCUUGCAAAUAACUCGGCAAUCCGAACCGACCCCGGCCAAAGUUGAAGAGGAACCGGCAAAGAUCCCGGAGGUCGAAGUAAAGAAAUCGCCCGCUCCGCCACCGCCGCCACCACCGCCGCCAGUGGCUCCCAAAUGUCAUCAAGUGUCCGUCAUCCAACGAACACCCGUGGCCGUAAAAUCGUUACCCACGCGCCCCGAAUCGCCUUCCGUAAGAUCGCCGGUCGCGGUCCAGGAACCCGAACAAGACGCGCCGAUCGAUUAUCACGUGCCCAAAAAGGAGUCGGAUCUGGACUCAGAAAUCGUGCAGGCAAUCAAAAACAAAUUCACCAUCACGUUACGCGGUCAGUUGGUACCGGCACCCGAUGGCAUCAUCACCGCAGCUGCUGGCCGCGGACGGAGCAGCGCCGGUCAACAAGGCGGUGGGGGCGGAGGGGGAUGCACCGGUGGCGGUACCAGUUCCGGUUCAAACCGCGGAUCGUCUUUGCAUUCGUAUUCGCUGGGCGGCGGAGGUAGCGGUGGACCCGCCGGACUGUUGGGCAACGGAGGCUUGGGUGGAGGCAUGGCGCCGGGUGGAGGUGGCAUGAACCCCGGCGGCAAUGGCAAACAUUUCGGCGGGCCCAACAGCCCCGUGUCAUUGCCGCCUUUCCACGAGAGCCUCAUCAAGACCGGUGGCAACUGCUACUCCGCCCAGUACAACAAUCAGUACCAUCUGAUGAUGAACGAACAGCUCUGUUACAGCAACAACGAUACGGGUCAGAACCCCACGGCUGGCUGUGGGCCAUUUAAUAUCGGCCUGGAUGGUCCGCCCAAACAGUACUCGAUGUUACAAAAUGCUUCGUCGCUGGGCAUCGACAUAAAAGAAGACUGCGAAGAUCUUUCUAGUUAUGUAAAAGAAUCGAACGGAUUCGACACGAUAAUGGCCGACUCGGAAAACGGCACGUCCAGUGACCCAUUGCAAUUCACCGCGACCCUCACGUUUGCCGGUCCAACGGACCCGGACUUCUUGGACAGUCUUAAUGAUGCCGCCGAGUUAUUCUUCAAAGAGCCCCAAGAAUGCAUACCUCCUUCGCUAGUAGAACAACCUAUACACAUGUUCAAUGAACAUAGGAACAGUUUUUCCGAGUCGCAACCGGAAAAACGUAAUUACCUACCGCAAAAUAAUAACAGCAACACCAACAAUAACAGCAAUGGACCAUCAUUAGCGUGCCGGAAUAACUAUGGUAACUGCGAUAUAUCUAAAGACCGGUUAUCGCACGGUAAUUUUGAAGACUCCAAUCAACAAAUGCAACAACUGCAGAUACAAUUGCAAUUGCAACAACCGCAAAACGUAGACGCUUGUGGACAAAUAAUGUUAUCUCCGGGCUUAUCGUCGUUGGAGAUAGACUCUAACACCAGUAUGUCUGCGCCGUCACCUGCUAGCGUCAGUAUGGACGGUACGAUGUCGUCGCUUACGCCACCACCACAAAACGGCAAGGACUCUAGUAACUCCGCUAUGGAUGUUAGAGUUCUGCAACAUAGGGUGAGAAAGACCACCCCACCCAUAGAGAAACCUAAAUAUUCUUCUUUCGCCAAUAAGCUUACUGCAAAACUUGGCCUUCCUAGCGAAUUGCCAUUUGAGUUCGUCAAUGGUGGUCAUGGCAUCAAGAACCCACUGGCCAACCACGACCCACUACCGCCACCGGCCCCGCUUACUAGAGCCCCCGAGCCAGAAAGAAACAAAACCGUGACAGCGCCUGCCACUGUCGUAUCGGCCAGCACUCCUCAAGAGCCAGUCGAAACAAAUAAAAACGGUUCAAAGUUCUGUUGCAAUUUAUGUUCAAAGACUUUCAACCUGCAACGUUUGUUGAACAGACACAUGAAGUGUCACAGUGACGUUAAACGGUAUCUUUGCACUUUCUGCGGAAAAGGUUUCAAUGACACAUUUGACUUGAAACGACACACUAGAACACAUACAGGUGUCCGGCCCUACAAGUGCAAUCUGUGCGAAAAAUCGUUCACCCAACGUUGUUCACUCGAAUCUCAUUGUCUGAAAGUGCACGGCGUGCACCAUCAGUACGCGUACAAAGAGCGAAGAACAAAGAUGUACGUUUGCGAAGAGUGUGGGCACACCACCAAAGAGCCUGAAGUGCAUUACAUUCACCUGAAGGAAAAACACCCGUACAGCCCAGCGCUGCUCAAGUUCUACGACAAGAGACACUUCAAGUUUACCAACUCGAACUUUGCAAACAUGUUGCUCCAAGAACGCGAAGGACUUACGUCCAGUUCUUUUAACUUUUAUCCGAAGUGCGUUGAAAGUUAACGGUGCGCAUUGAGUGUACCUCUUACGCAACAACACUUCUAUGGACUGUAGUCACUAUUCUAUCCAGCGUUCGGUCGUUGGAUAAUUGUUUUCAAGUAGAAAUGUUGAUAUAACAAUAUGUUGUUUGGGUUAUGUAAAUAAUUAUUACUAUAUUUUUUAUACUUGUUUAGAGUAUUAUCCGUACAAACGUAAUACUUAAGUAUAUGAAUUUAGAACUGUAUUAUUAAUUUUAAGUUUUUUUUUUUUUUUUACAAAAAUCGAUACUACGAAUUGUAUUAUUAAAACUGUAAUAAAAGUUUUGCAUAAAGUUUAUCAUUGUCGCGUAGUUAUUACUUCAACGAGCGACUCUGACAAUUGUUAUAUUUAAGUUAUAUUCAUUUUUUACCCGAGUACAGUAAGUACAGUAGACUUUCGAUAAAUUGAGUACCGUAAAGUCCGUAAUUUCGAAAGAAUACACUAUAAAGUUUUGCAUUAAUUAUAUUAAAAACUGUUUUAUUACCUGGAAUUUUUCAACGUAGUGAACGAUUUAUUCGUUUUCUUUGGUCCACUUCGUUUAUCGAAAGUCAACUGUAUUACGCUGGAAUGGAAAAAUUACAUGUAAAUACAUUAUAAUUGAUAGCUUAGCAAGUAACAAAAUUAGUGGUUUAUCUUCUGAUGGUGGAACUCCUAGUUCUACAAACCGCGUUCUGAAUCGAUUGAAGCGUUGAUACGUUGACAAAAAAAAAUGUACCUCGUACCAAAGUCUUCUGUAUUUUCUUGUAUCUCUUGUAGUUAGUGUCGUGAAAACAGGGUAGGCAUUUUCACACGAAACUAGGAUACAAAUUAUUGAGGAAAAAUAUUAAUUUGCUCGUGUUAUUAUACGUUUAGAAAUUACCUCAAACAGAAAAAAGACACGAAUGUAUGUGUCUUGUUAACGGCGCUGUUUGUGGUUUAUGGGCUCUCAAUAGAUAUUCUGUACGACCCUUUUUUCUUUUUAUUCAUGAUGACGAGUAAAUUAUAUUGAUAAAAGAGCAAAUUUUGGGACGGGUAGUGAUAUCCUAAUGUGUUUAUAACCUCAACGGGUUGAAUAUAAACUAUUUAUAAAAUUCAUAAUAUUAAGUAUAGUUUUUAUUAAUUUAUAAUUUGCAAAAUAAAAAAAAAAUAUCUGGGAAAGGAUUCGCAUUUUUCUAGAGUAGGUACAUUAAGUAGUACCUAGUAAAUAUUAAGUAGCAUAUUUACUGUGAAUAUAACCUGUGAUACGUUUAAUUUUGUUCUAAAACACAUCCUAACUACAUUUGUAUUAUUAUGAUCGUUUUAACGUUAUGUGAACAAUAUUA